UUCCUCUUCCGCAGAGCAGAAGUCUUUUUCCCAUUCCUGCACAAACAUCUAUUGAACAAACAACCAUUAUUGCCUUGGGAAGUCAAGUCAAGUCAACUCAAGCCACAAUGCCUCGUCAACAACUUUUCCAAGUCGUACUUUUGCUCGUCGCGACGCUUGCUGCAAGUGUACGAAGCGAUCCCCUGGAUAACUUUCCCUAUCGCCGCGAUGCCAUUCUCGAGUACAAGCCGAUGGAGGAACACGGAAGCAUGAACGAGCUGCACAAACGAGCCACAUGCAUCCCAGAUGGAUGCCCGGAUGGUUACCGACCACAAAGAAUUGUUGAUCCUGAUUUUGGUAAAGUGUGUGUUUGCGUUGCUUGUGGUACAGACAAGUGUAAAUCGUACAACCAAUGCAAGAACAAUACCAAAGCGAAAUGCAACGAGAAGGAACAAUAUUCAUGUCGGCGAGAAGCUACCUACAUUGAACACGCCUCUUUGGGUGCUACUACCUCCUACUGUGGAAUGGGUAUAUGCUCGCCUACUCAUUCAUCGACAUUCCCUUUCGUAUCAACAUCUCUCAUCAGAACGGCCAUGGCAGCAGCAAACUCAUCCAACCCACCCCAAGCAUCAUACUCCAAGCACAACCUACCUUCCGGAGUAGCAUAUCACAAGUGGACCAUCCCCAAUGCACGCGCCAUCUUGAUCCUCCAGCAUGGCUUUGCCGAAUACUCGUUACGAUACAUGGAUGGCAAACUACCUCUGGGACCACGCUUACAAGCCCUCGGCUUCGACAUCUGGGCCAUGGACAUGUGGGGUCACGGAGACUCUCCCGGAGCGCGCAGUGUCGUACACAUUGAAAAAGCAGUACAAGACCACGUCGCACUUCGUCGACAAGUAGUGGCAGAGAGCAGUAGCAGUAGCAACAAUCUCCCGAUAUUUCUCAUGGGCCAUUCUCUCGGCGGACUGGUCACGAGUGGCAGUGUCACGAGCGAUCCCACGGGAAUUGCAGGUGUCAUCUUGAGUAGUCCAGAACUGACGCAGCCUGUCAAUGGUGUCGAGAGGGCAAUUGUGGGCUUGGGAGCGAAAUUCUGGCCCAGUGGUCCUGUGCCCAUUCCAGCGAAACCUCCCACGGGUUUAUCGCGUAUACCUGCAGAAGUGAAACUCUUCGAAGACGAUGAGCGGAACUAUCAUGGUGCAAUUGGACUGUUGCUUGCUGCGACGUCGUUGGAUUGUGGUGCGAAGAUAUGGAGAGGAGCAAAGGCGUGGGAAGUGCCGACGUUGGUGUUUCAUGGCAAUGCGGAUCAGUUCACCAAGUUCGAGGCGUCGGAGGAGUUUGUAGGGAAGAUUUCUUCGAGUGAUAAGCAGUUUUAUGCGGUAGAAGGGGGAUAUCAUGAGUUGAUGAGAGAUCUGGACGCGGAAAAGGUGAUGGACUUGGUGGUCGGAUGGUUGCGAGAGCGGUCUGCAUCGGUGAAUCGACGGUGAUAGUCUGUCUGUCUGUAGCAACCAAUGAUUAAACAA